AUGAUGCUAUUCAGCAUGUCUUUAGCUGGACCAGCUCUAGAUUGGGCGCAGCAUGAACCGCUUUCUUCAAUCGAGUCAUGGAUCGAUUUUAGAGAAGCAUUUUUGAAGAGAUUUGUGAGGCUACCACCUUUCAAAUCGAAGUACAACCACUACUCUUAUCACCUAGAAGUGGAGCGUGAUGAAGAAGAAUGGGGAGGCAUACAACCCCAUCCUGAGAUCAUGAAUGAAGAACUAAUCAAGCAUGUGGAGAGAGACCCUUUCCAUGAUUCUACUUCAGAGUGUGCAAAGAAGCAUCUAUACCACUUUGAGCAGCUUUGCAACUACUAUGGUCUUGGAGAUAACCCCAAGAAGAUACAAUUGUUCCAACUAUCACUAGUUGGACGAGCCAAAGAAUGGGUGAACUUCGAUGCCCAACACACCUUCAAGACUUGGCACAGGUACAAGGAAGCUUUCCUUUACAGAUUUGCAAAAGCUCCGAUCUAUGUUCCACCACCCCGCCCCAGCUAUUCACGACACCAUCCAUCAUCACCAGACAUAAAUCAUACACCUCUUUUUGCUGAGGAGAGUUCUCAAGCCGUGCGCCCAACCAAGAUUGAAGUGAUGCUUCAAAAAUAUUUGAAGGAUCAAGAUGAGAGUACAAAGAAGAUGGAGAGGAGAAUCGAUUUCAUCCAUGAGAGUCUUGGAAAUAAGUCUGAAGUCCUAUUCAAGCAAGUGAUCAAGCUUGAUGAAGACAUAAAGAAGCUUAUAGAAGACCAUGAUCGAUCUCUAAACCUUAGCAAGGAUACACCUAGCCCUGUUGAUCCUCGUUUCUCACCACCACCACGAAGUCAAGCUUCUGAGCUUCCAAGAUUGGAAGUGAUACAAAGACCACCAUCACCUACUGAAGAAGAGGAUACUUGGCAUUAUGAUCCCAUUGAUCCCAACAAGAUAAGCCCCAUGAAGUUUAAAGAGUUCAAUGCUAAGGUGAAAUCACUACCUUUCUAUGUCACUUUUGAAGAAGCUUGGAACAAGCAUGAUUUAGUGGAGUUCUUUUUCACAACUGGUGAAACCAAGGAAGAAGUACAUAAACUUUUUCAGAAGGCUCGAUUUCCCAUGGCCCCUCAUGCAGUCAAUCAACCAUCAUCUCCACCAUCCACACCACAAGCCGAAUGGUAUGUCAAUUCCAUAUCAAGAGAGAAGCUUGCUGAGUUCAAUCAGUUUGUCCAAACUCUUCCAGCCAGCAUGUCAUUCCAACAAGCUUGGCGCCACUACCCAUUCACCACCUUCUUCCACAACUGCAGAGAGACACCACAAGAUAGGGGUGUUCAAUUUGAGAUUGGAGAUACCAAGAUCCCGGUGGAUUUUCAUGUCAUGAACAUCAAAGGAGGAUGUGAUACGCCCUGGAUACUAGGCCGACCUUUCUUGGCCACUGCUGGAGCUGUCAUGGACCUUCCAAACAGUAAAAGAAAGAAAAGCAGUAAAGCAACAGCUCGACCAAGGACUCGAGUCGAGUGGAACAGAGUACCGAGCUCGAUCGAGUUUAGGGUCAAGUUGAGGGAAAAAGCAAUAAAGGCAGCGACUUUAACAAGCUAA